GAAUGAGGUUGCGGUAGCGUUUGGACCCGAAGAGUUGGUAGCUCUGCCAUCUCACGACUCUGCCCUUCCCCAAGAGAGGAACCAGGAGAAGGACCCAUCAGGCCUUGAAAUUCUAAAAGUCAUGUCCCUUGGGUCAGAAUUGUUCAGAGAUGUGGCCAUACUCUUCUCCCAAGAAGAAUGGCAGUGGCUGGUGCCUGCUCAGAGGGAUCUAUACAGAGAUGUGAUGUUGGAGACCUACAGCAACCUGGUCUCACUGGGUCUUCCCAUUUCCAAACCUGAUGUAAUCUCCUUCCUGGAGCAAGGCAAAGAGCCCUGGAUAGUGGAGAGGGUGACAACAGGAGACCUGUGCCCAGUAUUGGAAUCUGGAUGUGAUGCUAAGGUAUUAUCUCCAAAGCAGCACAUAUAUGAAGUUGAAUCACCCCAGUGGGAGAUAGUGGAAAGCCUUACAGGUUAUAGUCUUGAGUGUUCGAGUUUCCAAGAUGACUGGGAAUGCAGAAGCCAGUUUAUCAAAGAACACAGAAAUCUAAACAGACAUUUCAGUGAAAUGACAAUCAGUCCUGAAGAAAUUCCCACUUUUGACCAGCAAGAAUCCCUUGAUUUUUAUCAGAAAAUUCAUACUGGAGAAAAACCCUAUGGCUAUGAUAAAUGUAGAAAAGACUUCUGGCAAAAGAAAUUCCUUAUUAAUCAUCAAAGAAUUCAUACUAAUGAGAAACCCUAUAAAUGUAAAGAAUGUGGGAAGGCCUUUAAAUAUGGCUCACGAUUAAUUCAACACGAGAAUAUUCAUUCUGGCAAGAAACCCUAUGAAUGUAAGGAAUGUGGGAAGGCCUUCAAUUCUGGUUCAAAUUUCAUACAACAUCAGAGAGUUCAUACUGGUGAGAAACCUUAUGAAUGUAAGGAUUGUGCAAAGGCCUUCAGUCGAAGUUCACAGUUGAUUGAACAUCAGCGAAUUCAUACUGGUGAGAAACCCUAUCAGUGUAAGGAAUGUGGCAAGGCCUUCAAUCGUAUCUCACAUCUUAAAGUACAUUAUAGAAUUCAUACUGGUGAAAAACCCUAUGCAUGCAAGGAAUGUGGGAAAACCUUUAGUCAUCGGUCUCAGUUGAUUCAACAUCAGACUGUUCAUACUGGCAAGAAACUCUAUGAAUGUAAGGAGUGUGGGAAAGCCUUUAAUCAAGGUUCAACUCUUAUUCGACACCAGAGAAUUCAUACAGGUGAGAAACCCUAUGAAUGUCAGGUAUGCGGAAAGGCCUUUAGAGUAAACUCACAACUUAAGCAACAUCAGAGAAUCCAUACUGGAGAGAAACCCUACCAGUGUAAGGUAUGUAGGAGGGCCUUCAAACGGGUCUCACAUCUUACUGUACAUUACAGAAUUCAUACGGGUGAAAAGCCAUAUGAAUGUAAGGAAUGUGGGAAGGCUUUUAGUCAUUGCUCACAACUGAUUCAACAUCAAAGAAUUCACAUGAAUGAGAAGCCCUAUAAAUGUAAAGACUGUAUGAAAACAUUUAGCCAGAUGACUCAUCUCACUCAGCAUCAGAGUAUGCACACAAGAGAAAAGUUCCAUGAAUGCAAUGAAUGUGGAAAGGCCUUCAGCUGGACCUCAUCCCUUAUGGAUCACGGGAGAAUUCAUAGUGGAGGAAAACCCUUUGAAUGUAAGGAACGUUGCAGAGCCUUCACUCAAGGUUCACAGCUCUUUAGACAUUAGAAAACUCAUUCUGGAGAAAAAUUGUGUGAAAUUCAUACUGGAGAGAAACCCUAUGAAUGUAAGGAAUGUGGAAAAGCCUUCAAGCAGAGGCAACACCUCGCUCAACAUCAUAGAACACAUACUGGAGAGAAACUCUUUGAAUGUAAAGAAUGUAGGAAAGCCUUCAAACAAAGCGAACACCUUAUUCAACAUCAAAGAAUUCACACUGGAGAAAAACCAUAUAAAUGUAAGGAGUGUAGAAAAGCCUUCAGACAGCCUGCACAUCUUGCUCAGCAUCAGAGAAUUCAUACUGGAGAGAAACCCUAUGAGUGUAAGGAAUGUGGCAAAGCCUUCAGUGAUGGCUCAUCUUUUGCUCGACAUCAGAGAUGUCACACUGGCAAAAGACCUUAUGAAUGUAUUGAAUGUGGGAGAGACUUCAGGUAUAACACAUCUCUUAUUCGUCACUGGAGGAGUUAUCAUACUGGAGAGAAGCCUUUUAAUUGCAUUGAUUGUGGGAAAGCCUUCAGUGUUCACAUAGGACUUAUUCUGCAUCGGAGAAUUCACACUGGGGAGAAACCCUACAAAUGUAAUGUGUGUGGAAAAACCUUUAGCUCUGGCUCAUCCCGUACUGUACAUCAGAGAAUUCACACAGGAGAGAAACCUUAUGAAUGUGACAUUUGUGGGAAAGACUUCAGCCAUCAUGGGUCACUCACUCAACAUCAAAGAGUACACUCUGGAGAGAAACCAUAUGAAUGUAAGGAAUGUGGGAAGGCUUUUAGGCAAAACAUACACCUUGCUAGUCAUUUGAGAAUUCAUACUGGAGAAAAGCCUUAUGAAUGUAAAGAAUGUGGAAAAGCUUUUAGAAUCAGUUCACAGCUGGCUACACAUCAGAGAAUUCAUACUGGAGAAAAGCCUUAUGACUGUCAGGAAUGCGGCAAAGCUUUCAAACAGAAAUCACACCUUGCCCAACAUCAGAAAACUCAUACAGGAGAAAAACCUUAUCAGUGUAGUGAAUGUGGGAAAGCCUUCAGCCAGACUUCUAAUCUUAUACAGCACCAAAGAGUUCAUACUGGAGAGAAACCUUAUAAAUGUACUGAAUGUGGAAAGGCUUUUAGUGAUAGCUCAUCCCGCACUCAGCAUCAAAGACUUCACAGUGGCCAAAAGCCCUAUCAGUGUUUUGAAUGUGGGAAGGCAUUCAGAAGAAAGUUAUCCCUUAUUUAUCAUCAAAGAGGUCAUGCUAAAGAAGAACCUUAA